AUGACACACGAACGUGUUUGUGAUGUAUUUUGUCAAGCAUUCAAAAAAGAAAUCAUCGAUACUGAGCAUAAACUACGCAUGAAAUGGUUUAUUAAAAAUCGAUCGCUUUUACUGAAUGAUCUGGAACGAGAGGAUAAAUAUAUCAGAGAAAAAUUGAAGAAAUGGAAACUUGCUAGUACUGAGUUGGAGGCGACGAAACUUGAGCCAAUAGAAGUUGUAGUUGAUAAUGAAACUCCAGUAUCACUGAGGAGUCAUGAAGACAGGAAUUUGACUAUUAUGAGGCCCAUUGAUUCGCCACUAUUAGAUAUUUUAUAUAAUAAGAAGGAGGUGAGCCAUGAGGCCAGAAAAAAAUAUCUAAAAGACAGAUGGAAAAUACCUCCAGAGGAUAGAUUCUUUUUAAUGGAUUGUACAAAUUGGUCUUAUGGCUGGAAAGUUAAAAAAUUUCAGACUCGUCCACCUAAAGAAUUCAAUCGCAAGCCACUGAUACGAACAAAUUUCUUCAAAAAUAAUUUAUCAAGUGUCAAACACGAAGCCAGACCGUCUUGCAAAAAAAGUCUCGCAAUGUUUGCCAAGAAUUUCAAGGAGAUCCAAGAGUACUGAGCGAUUAAUAUGAAUAUUGUUGUGAAUAAACAAUUGAAAAUUGUGACGUAAAUGUUGGUUAACAAAUUUUGAUAUUAGGGAUGAAAAAUUUCAAAGUCCCGCGAUGGUAUCAGGAACUCUCUACUCCUCAG